AUGUCCCGCGAACCCACCACCCAAGAGAGCCUCCAGGCCAUCAACAACAAGACGCUGGGCACGUCGGCCGGCUCCUUUCCCGUCGUCAAGCUGCCCAGCGGCGAAACGAUACCGACGGGGACGGUGGGCGCGCUGCUCGUCAAUAUCCGCGCCUACGACGCGGCGGCGGCGGCGGGCGACGCAGGUGCGCAGGAUACGCUCGAGGCGGCGAUUCGCGCGGCGGUGCCGGUUCUGCACAAGGUGGGCAUGUUUGACCUCUUUGGCCCGGACGAAUGGGCGUCGGAGACGAGCAGGGGCAGAUCAUUGGUAGGGGAGAUUGCAAAGGGGGAAGCCAGAUGA